AUGUGUCCAGUGCGUUGCCUCGGUUUCUUUGACAGGUGCAUUCACUUGGCAAUUAUUUUUUGGGCAGCAUCUUCAUUUGACUCGGUAAACAGUCUGGGAAGAUUAAUUUUAGUACUUUAUUGGACAACAUUGAUGACCGAAAAUUGUUGGGAACUUGAAUUUCGUCGAACAUCUGCUAAUUACUUCAAAAUAUGUGUUUUUGAUAAGAACGUCACGAAAGUUCAAAGUAGACAAGACGUUAAUUAA